AUGAUGAAAAUUGUUGCUGAUUACAAAGUAAAGCACCUACCUAAGCCUAUUGUAUCAACUAGACUCCCCAAGGCAUUUUCGCAGCCGAUAAAGAAAACUAUGAAAAAAGACAUUGAAGAAAUUUACGAAGGCGAAGAGUACAAAAAGAUGAAAAAUUUGCUAUCACCUAUAAAAAUAAAACCAAAUGACCAUUCAAAAUUAACAAAAGCAUUAAAGCAGCUGGAAAAGCUUCCUGCUAACCCUGACAACAUAGAUCUCUACGAGCCUUUUUCGAGACUUCGAAGCCAAGCACAAAUAAUUCUUCCCCAAUGCCAAGUGCAGCUUGAAGAAAUGAUUACCCUUUCACAUUUAAAUUCCCAGUCACUCACUGGGAAUAUCCGAAAAGUCCUUCAUGCCCAGACUCUAGAACUUUUCGCAAUUAAUCAGUACCAUUUUUAUAUAUUUUAAACAAAAAAUCUUUUUUAAGCUAUGUUUAAUUCAUAUUAAAAUGUAUAAACAAAUCCCAAUCAGUACACGGGACGAAAGGGCUCAUCUCAAAGACUGGAUCAGUAAAUGGCAAAACAUCCAGCAAAGACACAAAAAGCUAAUCAACGUAAGCGCAACAUUUUGGAACUCUCCUGAAGGUGUAGUUAGCAUAGUUAUGGAAUAUUUGCCUGGAGGGAGUUUAAAAGAUUUAAUAGCCACCUGUGGAAGUCUACCAGAAAAUCUAGUUUCACUUAUUGUAAAAAAAAUUUUGGAAUUCCUCAUAUAUCUUCAUAGAAAAAAUGAAGCCUAUGGAGGGAUUUCUACUACACAAAUUCUUUUUACAAAAUCUGGGGCAAUUAAGUUUGGAUUAGGCUUUACACAGAGGCUGCAGUCUAAAAUUCAUACCUUAGAAGACGAUAUUUAUACGCUUGGGAUAUUAGUUUUAAAUUCUGUUCUAGGGGAUUCAGAUAUAAUUCCUUCUACUACACAGGACUGUUGUGUUUUCCACACAAUGGAAUCAAACCCUAUCAUAAAAAGACUGACACCUCAGGUCAAAGAGUUUAUAUGUUUAUGUUUAAGGGAAAAAAAGCCAAGUGCUGAUGACUUAAUGAAGCAUGAAUGGUUUAAUUUAGAGAGCUAUCCAGGGCCUGCGGUAGAAUUAAAAGAAGUCAUCGCAAUUAAUUAUAACUUAGGGAGUGGAGAAUACUUAGAAGCUGCUGAUAAGAUGCUAGACAGAGUAUGUGAAGCUUUAAAAGUAGUCAUUUUAGGACAGACUAUUUCAAAGCCAGCAGAUUCAGCAAUCCAGCAGCUCGCAAUAGAUCUUGGGUUGCCAUAUGUUGUAGUUCAUGAAAAAAUUAGCAAAGUUUAUGACGAAAAUAUUAUAAUGGACUGUAAUAAUUGAUACAUUUUUUAAAGAAAAUAAGGGAAAAUGUAUAAUUAAUGCAAAAAUGAUAGCGUUUUGUAUACAUAG